AUGGCGGCUCGGAAACUGCAGCAGGAGAUCGACAAGGAGAUCAAGAUCAUAUCACUUGGCAUACAGGCUUUCGAUGGCAUCUACGACAAGCUCACGGCGAGCACCAAUGCGUCGCAACGGGAGAAGUUGGAGGACAACCUCAAGAAGGAGAUCAAGAAGCUGCAGCGAUCACGAGACAAGGUGAAGACAUGGGCGACGUCAAGUGAGAUCAAGAACAAGUCCCCCUUGACCGAGCAGCGGAAGAUUAUCGAGACGCGGAUGGAGACGUUCAAGGCGGUAGAGAAGGAAAUGAAGACAAAAGCAUUCUCGAAAGAAGGCCUCUCAGCGGCAGCGAAGCUCGACCCGAAGGAGCGCGAGAAGAUGGAGGUGUCCGAAUUCGUGUCAGACAUGAACGACGAGCUAAGUCGGCAAGUGGAAGCGCACGAAGCGGAGAUCGAGACGUUACAAGCCGGCAUGAAGAAAGGCAAAAAGGACACCAGCAAAGCCGAUCGCACGUCUGAGCUAGAACGAAUAGUGGAGAAGCACAAGGAUCACGGCAGCAAACUGGAGAUCAUACUUCGGGGCCUGGAGAACGGCAGUAUAGAUGUGGACCAGGUAAAGGAGAUCCAGGAUGACAUCAAGCACUACGUGGAGAACAACCAGGAAGUGGACUUUGAGGAGAACGAAUACAUGUACGAGGGCCUCAAUCUGGACGAGGAGGAAGAAGCGUGGGGGAUUGUCAAGGAGGAUGGCGAUAGACUGUCAAGUCAAGAUGCGCAAAGUAUAGCGGAUGACACACCGGAUCACUCUGAGAGUGCGGCGCCCUCGCGACCGAAUGUUCCUGCGAAGAGCAAGAGUCAACCGAUAUCUGAGCCUCAAGCGAAUGGACGGCGGAGUAGCGCUCAGCAUGCGAAGAGUCCACUACCGGCGUUAUCGACAUUACACCAGAGCUUACCCAGUAGUGUGGCGAACAAGACGAUACCGACAGAUAUGAAGCCAGCGCCUUUACCGACAAUACCGACUGGACAGCCUCUGAAGUAUGCUUCUGCGGCGGCUGCGGCGGCGGCGAGCGACAAGAGUGGUGUUGGUAUCGCACCCCUGCCUCCACCUCCUGGUGCGCAAAAAGCGGCGGAGCAGGCAUCACCAGAAGCGGUGACUGCACAACCUGUAGAGACAACACAGCAAUCUGCAAAGGCCGUCGAACAAUUACCAAAGCAGCUAACGCCCGCGCCGAAGGACGAGCCAGCGAAAGCAUCAGCAUCCGAGUCGAGUACACAACAAAGCUCAAAAGCACCAUCAGUGAAACCUUCGCCACAAAUAUCUCACGUUGCGCCGUCAAAAGCGUCAGAUAUUGCGUCUUCCACAGUAACAGACUCCUCGACUACAUCAACGAUCAAAGCGCCACAGCCGCCUUCACCGGACUCAGGCAUAGCAGGCAUAGCCCUCUCGAACGGAAACACUGCGCAAGAAGACGACGAGGAAGAAGAAGAAUCCAUCUACCACCUUCCAACAGCGCUAACGGACCUCCUGGACUCCUUCGAAGAGACAAAACAACGCUCAACAAUGGCCCAACCAUUCGACGUCCCACUCCUAAACACUUCCCACCACUCCUUUCCCACACCAACAGAUACGGCGAAACCCAGCCCCUACUACCCACAAACACCAUACCCCUACACACCAACCCACUACCCGACAACCCAACUCCCCAUCUUCAGCGACCCACGCCUCUACAGCCGGAUCGACACAGAUUCCCUGUUUUACGCCUUCUACUACAGACAGGGGACAUACCAACAGUACCUCGCGGCGAAAGCGCUGAAGAGUCAAAGUUGGCGCUUCCAUAAACAGUACCAGACGUGGUUCCAGCGGCACGAGGAGCCGAAGAAUAUCACCGAGGAGUUUGAGCAGGGCACUUAUCGGUUCUUUGAUUACGAGAGUACUUGGAUGAACCGACGAAAAGCAGAUUUCAAGUUCGCUUACAAGUACCUGGAGGACGAUCUAUAG